GCCAGAGGCGCACGCCUAACAAGUGCGCAUGCGUAUGGGCUGGGCUCGCCAGCUUCUGAUUGUGAGUUGCUGCUGCCGCCGGUUAGCUCUGCACUUGCUGUUCGGUAGUAGUUUAUUUUCAUUACAGAGACAAGAAGAGCAUUUGUCAGCAUUCCUUUCUUAUAGGAUAACAAUGUUGGACGGCUGCGGACAGUGCUGUAAGAUCUUUCUUAGGAUCUUUAAUGUGGUUUUUGCUUUUGCCGGCUUGGCUGUUAUGAGUCUGGGCCUAUGGUUAAGGUUUGGACCCAGUACUCAUGACAUCUUUAAUAUUGAUAUUGAAACGUCACAGUUCAAGAUUGGUGUGUUAGUGCUGAUUGCAACUGGAGCUGUGAUCCUAGCUGUAGCUAUCCUGGGAAGUUGUGGAGUAACCAAUGAAUCAAGAGUGUUAUUGGCAAUAUUCUCCGCAUUUUUGGCUGUCCUUUGUGGAUUCAUGCUUGCCGCUGGAUUUUUUGCUUUCAAUAAGAAGGAUGUGGUAGCAGAACAGCUAAGCAAGUUUUAUGAAACUGUCUAUUUGAAAUAUGUGCAUGAAAAAGAUCCCAGCCUAGUGGUGACUUUAAGGAUUUUGCAAAAUGGGCUUAAUUGUUGUGGUUUACUUGGAUCUUUGGAUGUACUUGUGAAAGAGACUUGCCCACCAAUAGGUGCUUUUCAAUUGUACACUCCCUGUCCCAUUGCAAUCGCUGAUUUCUUUCAGUCUAAAGGCACACUUGUCCUGGCUGUAUUUGUAGGAAUUGCAGCCUUAAUGCUUUUAGGCUUGAUCUGUAGUGCAGUCUUGUCCAAGAAGAUUGGCUUGGGUGAGCAAACCUCAGUCUACGUCAUUCUGCAAAACAGCAUCAGCCCGCAGGAAGCUGGAGUGAUUGGAUCUCAGCUUUAUCCUCCUGUUGUCUACUAAGCAAACUGUAACAUCAAACAGAGGUCUGCUGUAAUAUCUUGAAAACUGUAACUUGUAUAAUGUUAACGUUUAGCAGCAGCAAUACAACUUGAAAUUCUGUUAAGAGUUUUGGAAAAUGUUUUUUUCCCCCCAUCUUUUUGUGAUUUUUUUUUUUCUUUCCCAUUUGAUUAGGAUCAACAGAAUUGUUUAGGCUUUGUCUUUGCUUUAAUUAAGCAAAAGUUAUAUCUACUUCUUGAUCUGUAAUAAAAUUAUCAAAAAUGUACAAUUGUGCAAAAAUAUCAAAUAUACCUACCUAAUAAUUUAGAUUUUAGAAAAAAUACUGCAUUAAUUAGGUGGAAUUGGUUGGGACUGUUUUUAUUUAAUUUCUUAUUUUUUUGUUUUCUCUUAUCCUUUUAUUCUUUAACAAGUGAUGUUACUUUGCCUAGGGAGGAAAUCUGUUCAGGAUUUUGAUUUUGCUCUUUUUAUUGUCUGUUUAAUUCUAUUUACAUUGUGCAGAGUGUAUUUUAAUUUCCUUUUCUGAAUUUCACCAUAUAAUAUGCAUGUUUAUUGGUGUUUUCUGUGAGAAUUGGAUCAUUAUAUACACCACGACUUGUGUAUUUUUUUUUGUUGCGGGGUGCAGGAUGACAGAGGGGAUAUUGGAAUGGACAAAUUUAUAAACUCAUAAUUGUAAAUAUUAUUAACAAGAAAAGUUUUUGAAGUAGUUUCAGAAAGUGGUGAAGGUUGCACAUACAGCUUAAAUUAGUCAAUAAAUAAAUGCAAGUUUACUUUA